AAAAAACUUUUAUAAUUUCUUCUUUUUCAUUUUGCCUUUUCAAAAAAUGGCUCAUAAAAAAACACAAACAAUUUAACGUCCAUUAGUUAUUCAUACUAUAUAUAGCACAUAGAUGUGAGAGAUUCACAAACAACAACAACAACAAAGUCAUUCCCCUGUCAAAUCCCUCACAAGUUUUGUUUUUUUGGCAUUUGCUUCUUCUUGUUGAUGUUUUUCUUCAAUACCCAUUUCUUAUAAUCUUGUAAAAUUUCCCAAGGAUCAUUUUGUUAUACCUUUUUGGUGUUUUUGUUUCUGGGUUCUUGUUAAAGGACCGAACUUUUUUGAUGUUAUGGAACAGAAACAUGUUUUUUUGUCUGCAUUGAGUGUUGGUGUUGGAUUAGGUGUUGGACUUGGAUUGAGUUCUGGACAAGCUGUUCAGAAAUGGGUUGGUGGGAAUCGUGAUUUUGGGGAGGUUUCUGGGGAGCAAAUUGUUGAAGAACUUAAGAGGCUUUUGGUUGAUGGAAAAGAUAGCAAAGUUACAUUUGAUGAGUUUCCUUAUUACUUAAGCGAAAGAACUCGAGUUUUGUUGACGAGCGCUGCUUAUGUUCAUUUAAAACAUCUUAACUUUUCCAAGCAUACAAGGAACCUCUCACCAGCAAGCAGGGUUAUCUUACUCUCUGGUCCAGCAGAACUUUAUCAGCAAAUGCUUGCAAAAGCUUUAGCACAUUACUUUGAAUCGAAGUUGCUAUUGCUAGAUGUAACCGAUUUCUCUGUGAAGUUGCAGAGCAGAUUUGGAUAUCCGAGAAAAGAACCAUGUUUCAGAAGGUCGAUAUCCGAAAAGACUUUGGAGCGAAUGUCUGGUUUAUUUGGUUCCUUUUCAACGCUGCCUUCGACCGGCGAAACUAGAGGAACUCUGCGUCAACAAAGUGGUGAAAGUUCGAAUAAUCUUCCAAGGCUUCGGAGGAAUGCCUCUGCCGCGUCUGAUCUAAGUAGCACUUCCUCCCAAAGUGGUUCAUUAAAUCCAGCUCCUCUACGACGCACGAGUAGCUUGUGUUUUGACGAAAGACUCUUCGUGCAAUCACUUUACAAGGUUUUGGUUUCUAUCUCGGGAACCGAUUCCAUAAUUUUAUACAUAAGGGAUGUUGAGAAGCUUCUUCUAAAAUCACCAAGGUUAUACAAUUUACUACAAAAGAUGAUAAAGAAAAUAUCAGGCUCGGUAUUGAUACUCGGUUCCCAAAUAUUAGAAGACGAUUGCAAAGAAAUCGAUGAAAGGAUCACUAGCUUAUUCCCUUACACCAUCGAUAUCAAAGCACCUGAAGACGAAACUCAUCUCGGUAGCUGGAAUGGCCAACUCGAAGAGGACAUGAAAGUCAUUAAGUUUCAAGAUACUCGAAACCACAUCGCUGAAGUACUCACUGAAAACGACAUUGAUUGUGACGACUUGAAUUCGAUAUGCCAUGCAGACACUAUGAUACUUAGUAAUCAUAUCGAAGAAAUCGUCGUGUCUGCAAUUUCUUACCAUUUGAUGAAUACCAAAGAACCAGAAUACCGAAAUGGAAAGCUAGUUAUCUCGUCCAAUAGUUUGUCCCAAGGAUUGAGUCUCUUCCAAGAAGGCAAGAGUAGUGGGAAUUUGAAGACUAAUGAUUCUAAUAAGGAAAAUGCCGUUGAAGAUAUUAUUUCUGGUACGAAAGCACCUGAGAACAAAAAUGAGAUGGAGAAAUCGAUCCCUGUAACGAAAAAAGAAGGCGAAAAUUCUACGCCUGCAAAAGCUGAAGUUCCUGACAAUGAGUUCGAGAAGCGAAUUAGACCAGAGGUAAUCCCUGCAAACGAGAUAGGAGUUACAUUCGCAGAUAUCGGCGCAUUGGAUGAGAUAAAAGAGUCACUUCAAGAGCUUGUCAUGCUUCCCCUUAGAAGACCGGACCUUUUCAAAGGCGGACUUCUAAAGCCAUGUAGAGGUAUAUUACUUUUCGGGCCACCCGGUACCGGAAAAACAAUGCUAGCAAAGGCGAUUGCGAAUGAAGCAGGAGCAAGUUUCAUUAACGUGUCAAUGUCCACCAUCACUUCGAAAUGGUUCGGAGAAGACGAAAAGAACGUCCGAGCUUUGUUCACGCUAGCAGCUAAGGUUGCUCCGACUAUUAUAUUCGUCGACGAAGUUGAUAGCAUGCUCGGUCAACGAACUAGAGUUGGAGAACACGAGGCCAUGAGGAAGAUUAAAAACGAAUUCAUGACACAUUGGGAUGGACUAUUGUCAGGACCUAAUGAACAAAUUCUCGUUCUUGCUGCUACCAACAGACCAUUUGAUCUCGAUGAAGCAAUUAUAAGACGGUUCGAACGCAGGAUCAUGGUUGGUCUUCCAUCUGCCGAGAACCGGGAAAUGAUCCUAAAAACUCUUCUGUCGAAGGAAAAACACGAAAGUUUAGACUUUAAAGAACUAGCAACCAUGACAGAAGGAUUUAGUGGAAGUGAUCUUAAGAAUUUGUGCAUCACCGCAGCUUAUCGACCCGUUCGGGAGUUAAUACAGCAAGAGAGAAAGAAGGAAAUGGAAAAGAAGAAAAAAGAGACCGAAAGCGUAAGUUCCGAAGAUGCUUCAAAUAAUAACGAUAACGAAGAACGAGAAAUUAUCUUGAGGCCUUUAAGCAUGGAGGACAUGAAACAAGCUAAGAAUCAGGUGGCUGCAAGUUUUGCGUCAGAAGGAUCGGUCAUGGGCGAGCUAAAGCAAUGGAACGAAUUGUACGGAGAAGGCGGUUCAAGGAAGAAACAACAACUCACAUACUUCCUCUAGAGUUUGGAUUUAUAGUUUCAUUUUGGAUUCGUUUUCUAAUACAAUCGAAGGAAAGUCCUUUCACCAGAGAUCUUAUAUCCAAGGCAUGCUCUUCAAGUGUUCCGAAGAUUGAAAAAGAGAUCUUAUCGAUUAAGAGAACAAGAUCUGGUGUGCACACGUGCGCGCGUUUGGAGAAGAUUAUUAGUAUUCUGUCAUGUGAGGUUUUGGAAGAUGUAAUUGUUGUUUAGGAAGUAGGAAUGGUGUAUACCAAAUCUUCUAGUUAUGUUGUAUUAUAUAUGAUUAGUAUUUUCAGACAGUAGAAUUUUGUAUAUUGAUUUGUGUAGCUGAACUUGUUAAAGUUUGGGUCUAUUAUUUA